GGGUCGGACACACUUUGUGGACAUAAACAUUUUUAAAACUUUUUUUAAGACCUCGUUUUCUGGGAUUUUUACAAGCAGCCCUCUAGUUUGCGUUGGUUUUCCGCUUCUCCCGCUUCAAGGUGGCGUUUGCUCUGUUCUUCCUGGUACCGUAGCACGGGGAUCUAAACGGAACUGAUAUUUUAAGUACUCCAGGAACCCUUCGGUCCAUCCACCUGUUAAAGCGAGCAGCUCUGCUUUCUUCUUUCUUCUUUUUUCCCCGUGUCGCCUUUUGGAUGUGAUGGAACUCAUGUUUGCGGAGUGGGAGGACGGGGAGAGGUUCUCCUUCGAGGACUCUGAUCACUUUGAGGAGGACUCCCUUUGUUCCUUCAUCUCGGAGGCAGAGAGCCUUUGCCAGAACUGGAGAGGAUGGCGGAAGCAAUCGGCCGGACCCAAUUCUCCCACUGUCAAAAUGAAAGAUGGGCUGGUGAUCCCAUUGGUGGAACUGUCUGCAAAACAGGUUGCAUUUCACAUUCCAUUUGAGGUCGUGGAAAAAGUUUAUCCUCCAGUUCCUGAGCAACUACAGCUUCGGAUUGCCUUUUGGAGUUUCCCUGAAAAUGAGGAAGAUAUUAGACUGUACUCAUGUUUGGCUAACGGCAGUGCAGAUGAGUUCCAGAGAGGGGAGCAGCUGUUCAGAGUGAGGGCAGUCAAAGACCCUCUCCAGAUAGGUUUCCAUCUGAGUGCCACUGUGGUACCCCCGCAGAUGAUGUCACCCAAAGGUGCAUACAAUGUGGCAGUGAUGUUUGACCGAUGCAGGAUCACAUCAUGCAGCUGUACCUGUGGUGCUGGGGCCAAGUGGUGUGCUCACGUCGUGGCGCUCUGUCUCUUCCGGAUACACAAUGCAUCUGCGGUAUGCUUACGAGCACCUGUUUCUGAGUCCUUGUCUCGGCUACAAAGAGACCAAUUGCAAAAAUUUGCUCAGUACCUAAUCAGUGAACUUCCACAACAGAUUCUUCCAACUGCUCAGCGUUUGCUGGAUGAACUGUUAUCUUCUCAGUCAACUGCAAUCAACACAGUGUGUGGAGCCCCAGAUCCCACUGCUGGACCAUCUGCAUCAGAUCAAAGCACCUGGUACCUAGAUGAAUCUACCCUGAGUGACAACAUAAAGAAAACCCUUCAUAAAUUCUGUGGGCCCUCUCCUGUUGUUUUCAGUGAUGUGAAUUCCAUGUAUCUCUCUUCCACGGAGCCUCCAGCUGCUGCUGAGUGGGCCUGUCUCUUGCGUCCCCUGCGAGGGAGAGAACCUGAGGGAAUCUGGAACCUACUUUCUAUUGUGCGGGAGAUGUUUAAGAGACGGGAUAGCAACGCUGCUCCUUUGCUGGAGAUUCUGACUGACCAGUGUCUGAACUAUGAACAGAUAACUGGCUGGUGGUACAGUGUGCGGACGUCUGCGUCACACAGCAGUGCUAGCGGGCACACAGGACGCAGCAAUGGGCAGUCAGAAGUAGCUGCUCAUGCCUGUGCAAGUAUGUGUGAUGAGAUGGUGGUUCUUUGGAGGCUGGCUGUCCUUGACCCAACUAUAAGUCCACAGAGGCGCAGGGACCUUUGCUCCCAGCUCAGGCAGUGGCAGCUAAAGGUCAUAGAUAAUGUUAAGAGAGGUCAGCACAAGAAAUCACUGGAGAAGCUAUUCCAGGGUUUCAAGCCAGCAGUGGAAGCCUGUUACUUCAACUGGGAGGAAGCUUAUCCUAUCCCUGGGAUCACCUAUAGCAGCACUGACAAGAAAAACUCAUUCUGUUGGGUAAAGGCCAUCCAACAGAGGAGCUGCCGGUUGCAGUGUGCAGAAACUGCUUGUGAGGCUGGUAGAGCCCAUGGACAGGAGCCUGGGGGACCAUGUCUGCAACCUGGGGACAGGCUGCGUCCCUCACCCCAGGAGCCAGCGGUUCGUCCAAAGGAACUUACUGGAAAGCGAAAAGUUGUCUCUGAAACACCCCAGAGAGUUCUGCGACGACUUUCAGCAGAAGGUGAUAAAGCUGUGUAUAAGACUGCAGUGGGCAAAGCUAAGUUGACAGUGAGCAAAAGUUUGACCAGUAAGCAUAGUGGGAAACGCCGCAUGAGCAGUGAAGACAGCUCCCUGGAGCCAGACUUAGCAGAGAUGAGCCUGGAUGACAGCAGCUUGGCGCUGGGUGCAGAAGCCAGCAAUACGUUUAGUUUUACGGAAAGCCCACUGAGCAGGAGCUACAGGGAUGCCUUUGAGGAGGAUGGUGGGGUGUACUUCUCUGAGGGACCUGAGCCCAGUGUCAGGAGCAGUUCCACAGGCAAGAAAUUUACCAAGGAUCCUGUGGGAGAGAUAGGUAGUGGUGAUGAUGACCUGACUUCUGCAGAUGAGAACAGCGGUGGUUUGAGCCUGAAGCCAGAAGAAGUAGGAGAGAAUGGUGCGGCAGGUGGAGGGGAUGACGGAGAAGAGGAAGAUGAUUACCAGGUAUACUAUCUGAAUCCACAAGAGGUAGCCAAGGAGGAUGAUGACAAAGCUGAAGGGGGAAACGAGGAGGAGCAGGAUAUAUUUGCUGGUAUAAAGCCUCUGGAGCAGGAGAACCGGAUGGAGAUCCUGUUUGCCUGUGCAGAAGCCCUGUAUGCACAUGGAUACAGUAAUGAAGCAUGUCGCUUAACUGUAGAACUUGCCAGGGACCUAUUAGCCAACCCUCCAGAUCUCAAAGUGGAGCAGCCACCAACUAAGGGCAAAAAGAACAAGGUAUCAACCAGCAAGCAAACAUGGAUGGCAACCAACACCUUGUCCAAAGCUGCUUUCCUACUGACUGUAUUGAGUGAGCGGCUGGAGUACCACAACCUGGCCUUCCGAAUAGGAAUGUUUGCUCUGGAGCUGCAGAGACCGCCUGCCUCUACAAAGGCACUAGAGGUGAAGCUGGCAUAUCAGGAGUCUGAGAUUGCAGCCCUCUUGAAGAAGAUUCCCUUGGUCACUAAUGAGAUGAAUACUAUUCGAGGAAGAGCUGAAGAACUGCGAGAAGGAACAUUGUGUGAUUAUCGUCCUGUCCUGCCUCUCAUGUUGGCUAGCUUUAUAUUUGAUGUCCUGUGCACUCCAGUGGUUUCUCCUACAGGCUGUAGACCUCCAAGUCGCAAUUGGAAUAAUGAAAUGCCUGGAGAUGAAGAGCUUGGUUUUGAAGCAGCUGUUGCUGCUCUUGGCAUGAAGACAACUGUCAGUGAAGCAGAACAUCCUCUGUUGUGUGAAGGCACUCGAAGGGAGAAAGGAGAUCUGGCACUAGCUCUGAUGAUUACCUACAAGGAUGAUCAAUCGAAGCUGAAGAAGAUUUUAGACAAACUUCUGGACAGAGAGAGUCAGACUCACAAGCCACAGACUCUGAGUUCCUUCUACUCUUCCAGCAAGCCUACAGUAGCAAACCAAAAGUCUCCUUCCAAACAUGCUGCCCAGUCCACUGCAGCUAUCCAGCAGCUUCCAGGGACUUCAGUUGCUCAGCAAGCUGGUGUAAGCCCAGCAGUUCAGAGCAGUCCUGAGACUUUUGUGGAGAAGAGUUCACAGGAGAGCUCUCAGAGGUCCCCCUGUGAGCCAGCUGGGGAAUCCACUGUCUUGAAACAGGAAGGAAAGGUCCCCAGUCGUCUGGCCCUUGGAAACCGAGGUGGAUACAAUGGGAGAUGCUGGGGUUCACCUGUCAGGCAGAAGAAGAAACACACAGGUAUGGCUAGUAUUGACAGCAGUGCUCCUGAAACUACCUCUGACAGUUCUCCAACGCUCAGUCGGCGUCCCCUACGUGGGGGAUGGGCAGCAACGUCGUGGGGCCGAGGACAAGACAGCGACAGCAUCAGUAGUUCUUCAAGCGAUUCACUGGGAUCUUCCUCUUCCAGUGGCAGUAGGAGAGCCAGUGGGGGAGCCCGUGCAAAAACUGUGGAAGUUGGCAGGUAUAAAGGGAGGCGGCUGGAAAGCCACGCUCCUCAUGUCCCGAACCAGCCUUCAGAGGCAGCUGCCCACUUCUACUUUGAAUUGGCCAAGACAGUCCUUAUCAAAGCAGGUGGAAACAGCAGUACCUCCAUCUUCACCCACCCUUCCUCCAGUGGUGGGCACCAGGGACCACACCGCAACCUUCACCUCUGCGCCUUUGAGAUCGGGCUGUAUGCACUAGGGCUGCACAAUUUUGUGUCUCCCAACUGGCUCUCUCGAACUUACUCCUCCCAUGUCUCCUGGAUCACAGGGCAGGCCAUGGAGAUUGGUAGCGCUGCCCUGAACAUCUUAGUGGAGUGUUGGGAUGGACAUCUGACCCCCCCAGAGGUGGCAUCAUUGGCAGACAGAGCCUCACGGGCCAGAGACUCCAACAUGGUGCGGGCAGCUGCUGAACUGGCACUCAGCUGCCUGCCCCACGCCCAUGCCCUGAAUCCAAAUGAGAUCCAGAGGGCUCUGGUACAGUGCAAGGAACAGGAUAAUCUGAUGCUGGAAAAGGCCUGUAUGGCAGUGGAAGAGGCAGCCAAGGGUGGUGGCGUUUACCCAGAAGUUCUCUUUGAAGUAGCUCACCAGUGGUACUGGCUUUAUGAACAGAUUGUUGGUGGGACUCCAGCACAGAGAGAAGGUGCCACUGGCUGUAGUGCUGGUGGUGCACGGGCUGCAUCAGAAGCAGCACGUGGGCUGACAGACAACCGGGUGACUACUGAGCCAACCACUGUAACAGUGGCAGCUGCAGUAACUGCAGCAGCAACGGUCGUGCCAGUAAUCUCUAUGGGGUCAACCAUGUACCAGCAGCAUACAAUGGCAGGACCUGCAAUGGCACAUACACACACCCAGGGCCUCCACCCUUACACCACCCUUCAGACUCACAUUCCCUGUAAUCCCCAGUAUAUUGGACACACUAUCCAGCACAUGCCACGUCCAGCUGUCUUCCCAGUGCCUGGCUCAGCGUACCCACAGAGUGUCCAUCCAGCAUUCAUAGGAGCGCAGUACCCCUAUUCGGUAACAACACCAUCAUUGGCAGCUACAGCAGUGUCAUUCCCUGGUGUGCCAGUCCCAUCCAUGACACAGAUAGCAGUGCAUCCCUACCACAGUGAAACUGGACUGUCACUGUCUUCCAAUGUAGCGAUAGGAAGUGUCCAUGCAGGAUCAACGUUCCCAGCAAUUCAAGGGGCUUCCUUGACAUCUCUGUCCUCACAGCCCAACACCCUUGUUACAGGGGGGUUUCCUGCUGAGGAUGAGCAGCACAGUCAGCCUGUGAGCCCCCAGGGUCUGCACUACCUCCACUCUGCAUACCAAGUUGGGAUGCUGGCUCUGGAGAUGCUUGGCCGAAGAACUCAGAGCGAUCAUCCCAACAACUUCUCCCGCAGUCCACCCUACACAGAGGAUGUAAAAUGGCUCCUUGGGUUGGCUGCAAAGCUAGGUGUAAACUACGUGCAUCAGUUUUGUGUCGGUGCAGCCAAGGGAGUGCUGAACCCUUUUGUGCUUCAGGAUAUCAUCAUGGAAGCUCUACAGAGGCUUAAUCCUGCACAUGUGCACAACCAUCUGCGCACCCCAGCCUUCCACCAGCUGGUGCAGAGGUGCCAGCAGGUCUACUUGCAGUACAUCCAUUACCGGCUGAUCCAUCUCGCUCCAGCUGACUACGAUGAUUUUGUGAAUGCCAUCCGCAGCGCCAGAAGCGCCUUCUGCCUGACUCCCGUGGGCAUGAUGCAGUUUAAUGAUAUUCUCCAGAACCUGAAGCGCGGCAAGCAGACAAAGGAUCUGUGGCAAAGGGUCUCUCUGGAAAUGACCACCUUCUCACCGUGACAGCAGAACAAUUAAGGGUAGAGGAGAGACCGUCUUCUAGAAGGAAAGAAGCAGAAGGAAAUGGGCAAGAAAGCUGAAUGUUUUCAAUACCAGAACAGACCCUGUAAGAGUUGUCUUCUAGCAGCUGUGGGGCCCAGUCAGAGGAAGAACCAGGGAAUCUCACCUCAGACUGACGUCAACUGAACAAGCAGCUCAGUGGUCUGAGGCACAGGUUAGUAGUUUUGCAAGUUUCCAGUCUUCUCUCUGAAAACUAGAGCACUCAGGGAGCUGUCUGGAGGGGCUGCCUUAUCAUUUAUUCAAACGUAUCAGAACAUUUCUUUAUCUGGGAUCUCUGGAUCUAUUAAUCUCUUGUUGUUCCUGAGCGAUGGAAAUGUAUCUGAACUAGGACAGGAAGAGUAAGAAAGGGUAUGUUUUUUCCUGCUACGUGCCUGGAAGGUGCUUGAGGUAGUAUUUCUUUUAUAAGAGAUGAUGGUGAACAAAGAAGCAUUAGUUUACCGUAAGUUAAAAAAAAAAAAAAAAAAAAUUAAAAUCCUGUGCAGUUGUCUUAGUUUGGUCACUGUUCCAGACAUGGGGGAAGUACUCAGAUCUAUAGAUUGUACUUCUUCACGUGUCCUGUAUUCACAGUGAUCUUCUCUGACUUGCUACAUUUAUUUCCUCAUGUGACCACAAGAAAUAUGUUUCUUCCCUGAAGAAGUUAAUGGCCAUUAAUAUCUUUUCCACUUGUACAUAUGUGGUCUUAUAAAUAAAGCUGUUUCUAGGACAGCAGUGUAUCUAAACUUAAUCUUUUGAGUCCUGCGUAGUUUCUCAGUCAGUAGAGGUGGUAGUAUCUUGACUUUAGUGAAGUUGAUAGAUGUGCCAAAAUAACAUCUGGAUUCUUGGCUAUUUGGGUCAUCAGGAGGAAUGGUUUGAUUUAGCUCUUAUGCAGUGGAUAAAAUAAAGGCUUUAGUCAUUGCUUGGAACAGAUCUCUUGAUACAGAUGCAGCCUUUUCCUGUAAAAAUCAGGCACAUCAGCUUCUGUGAGGGUCUGCUUCGCUUCUCCCCUCCGGAGGGAAAUAUGUAGGACAUACUCACCUACAACCAUGUUUCUUGCCUGUGAAGGUUUUCCUUUUGGAAGUCCUUUCCAGGACUAUGAGACAGAAGGACAUUUGUGCCUUUGGACUUCAGCAUCUUUACAGCCAGUGAACAAUCAGAAUUGUCAUCUGAAGAAUAACGUGCCUCAUAGCUAGGGCUAGAAUUAGCUGAAAAGUGUGUUUCUUUCUAAUGUUUGUUUACUCUCAUUGGUAUUUGUUUGGGAUAUGUAUUUUCCUUCUCUGAGAAAACCCUGAGAGAAACACCUCGUAGGGGCACACUGAACCUAAACUGUUUGCAUUUUUUUGGUGCUGAGAGUUUGGUUUUUAAUCAAGCUUAGCACAUUUAGAACUGGCUUGGCCACUGCUAUGUAGUGCUAGAAGGCAUUGAAGAGUUUUGCAAGAGCAGCACGAGUAGAAAUGGAGUAAGCAAGGUCUGUGUCUGUGAAAUUUAAUACAUCAUUGUAUAAAUCAGUUAGCUGAAAUGUGACACAAAUGUGAAGUAGUUUUCUAUCAGACUUGGUUGUUUCUUGGUUUUGUUUUUCUUGUCUAGGAAUCGAGAAAAUGGCAGUGUUAAAAUGAUGUUUCAGAGUGCACUUGGGAGAUAUGUCACAAAAGCAUAAAGGUGUCGAUGACUACAACAGUAUUGAUGAUUUUUUUUUUUCUUUUUCAAUCUAAACUGAAAAAUUAAAAAUGCAGGUUAGGGUAGCGGAACUUAACUAACUAUAAAAAUAUAUACGUAUUUUUUAUGACAACAACUGUUGUAUGACUUUGCUUUUAAUCCAUCCCUAGUGAUAGAAUGAACUACUCUCAAUUACAGUUUAUUUAGAAUCUUUUUGGUUUUUCUCUGUGCCCUAAUUAGAGCUUCAUGCGACGUGGUUAUGGUAAAAUAACAACAGGGAGUCUUUCUUAAUAUUACCAUUUUUGUUUACUACCUCUCCUCUCACUCCUCAGCACAAUUUAAAAGUGGAUUUUUAUCUUCAUUCUACUUCCUGCUCACAUUUUGCUUGGGGGCAGGGUGGUCAAUAGCUCCUGUCAAAGAGCAUCAUUACUCUGUGAGAACUGCGAAUGCAGUCUGGGGAUAUUCUGUGCUAGGGUUUCAGUUUGAGCCUACCAUGAGUUAAAGCUUUUUCUCAGGGCUAACUGGCAAAAAUACAAGCUUUGUGAGCUGUCACAAGGUAACUCCACUGCUGUAUAUUGUUAAUUGUUGGUAUAACAACAAUGUCUGUGCUCUGUAAGCAAUUGUUUUCUUGUUGAUGUUGCCUGUUUGCAGUUAUAGCGUAACUACUUAAUGCUGUACAGUCUGCACUGCACAAUUACUCUGUUGCCACUAAGGACAUGAUGAACUAUUAAGGGAUUGGGGGGAGAAAUGCUAGCAAUGCAUUAAAAUCUAUUAUAUAUAGUAAUUUGCACAGAGUGGGAAUGGUCUUCCAUAACUUUCUCUUAUUUCAUACUUCAGUUUGUCUUGUCUAAGUCAACUGGGAGUACAUAAUUGUUAGGAAUGCUGGGGCUGUAUGGGCAGCAGUUGUGCAAGCCUUACUGUCAACACGUUGCUAUAAAUCCCGACGUGCACCUUUUCCAAUACUGGACUUGGCAGGGUUCCGAGAACAGUCUGAUUUAUGAUCCUUUGUUGUUACUGCAAAGUAAACUUGAGCUGGAUUUCAGCCUGCUAAUGCAGUGUCAGAAUUACAGACAUAUGGCUUGCAAGCAUUUUGGAGACACUAGAGAUGUCAAUAAAGUGAUACGGAUGACAAUGAGGAGAAUUUGAAUCUUGGAAGGAAAAUGCUCUUUAAAGCUAAAAACAGAUUGAAUAGAUCAAUAAAUUAUUUCUACAUAUUCCACUAGAGCACUGGAGAUUAAAGUGUCAGGGAUACAUUGUUGGUUUUGCUACAAAUUGUAAGGUGUUUUUCAAAGAUGAGAGUAAAAUUAACAAUUCUUAAUGUUUAUGGGUGGAGGGUUUUUUUCUUUCUUUUUUUUUUUAAAUUCCAGAAGGCAUUAAGAAAGAAGGGGACAGAGACAAGCAAUAGUUGAAGUCCUAAUAACUGGAGGGGGGUACAACAACAACUCCAUAUCCUACUGAGUGAAUGGAGCUUUUCUUCUUAGCUUAUGCUUGUAGAUCAUGCUCACCUGGUGGCUUACUCCCUGAUGGACAGUGUAAGUCAGGAGUCAGCAAAGGGAUGAGCGACCACAUUCUUGUUCAGGUUGGUUUGUCAUUACUUUUCUUGCCAUAUUACUAUUGCUACAGUAAAAUGAUCAGCAGGGAAUGAAAGGAGUCUCUUAUCAACUGUAUACGUAAAACUGCUGAAAAACAACAGUAGUGGUAUAUUUGAUCAAGGUGCUCAUUAGAUUAAUACACUCUUAACACACUCUUUGUGUUUCUUUCUGAUUUCCACUAUCUGUACACUUCUGCUUUUGCAGUACUGUCAUCAAUUAAAAAAAAAAAUGCAGUUUUUCAGGGAUCAGAUUUUAUGUAGACUUGAUCUAUGAUGCUACCUACAGAGAAGUUCUCUCGGAGCCUUUAAAACGUCUUCUAUCCUUCUGUACAUGUUUUUACCAGUUCCCUGUAUUCCCUGUACAAAUUAGAAAGCAGUCAAGUAGUAAGUAUCUUUCUAAUUGAUUGAUUUUCCGAGGUUGUGAGUGAGUAAAUGUUUUGGCUUCAUGUUGCUGACCUUUCUUUGUUAAGGUUGGCAUGUAUACUCUGCUGGCUUGCUUUUUACUUAUAUUUAUUUUUUUAUUUGUUUCUUAACGUUUGUUUUCACAGUUCUCACCUGCUAUACACACUUCCAUUUCUGAAGUGACCUGAUCUGGCUUCUAUUAAAGUCAUGGGCCCUUCUGA